AUGAGCGCCUCCGGUAAAUCUCAUCGUGGCCGCGGUGGUAAAAGCGGCGGGGUUCAAUCAUCUUCGGGAAGAAAUUCGUCCCAAUCCUCAAACCCUAGUACCCCAACCUCAACACGUCGCCCUCUCUCCCUGUUCAGCUCCACCGCCACACGCUCCACCGCCACACGCGCCCCGCCACAGAACCCUUCAGUCGAGGAUGUUAAUGUCGAUCCUCAACCACCGCCGCAAAAUCAACCACCACAAGAACCACCAACGACGAUGACGCUUGAAGACUUACUGAGAACUCCAGGCCGUGAAAAUUACUUGCCUGUCUUAGACCCAUUCCCCUCGGAAAAAACAACUUGGUUUGAUCGAGAUGAAGGUAAAUUGGUUCGGAAGAUAUCAAAGCUGUUGAAAAGCAAGUUCGACGGUGCUUAUUAUUGCUGGACUAAAACGCCUCAACAUAUUAAAGAUCGAUAUUUCAUAGCAUUUGCAGUAAACUCAAAUAUGAAGUUAUUAAGUUAUGUAUUAUAA